AUGAAUCAACGGAUGUCUUCAAUCUCCGGAGAAGAAACAGAAUACUUUGGUCUGAUUCCUGUUGAUCUCGUCAUCAGUAAUAUAUUGUCGAGAUUGCCGCUGGAGUCUUUAGCUCAGUGUCGUUGCGUAUCCAAGCUCUGGUCGUCCCUAAUCCGCCGUCCAAAUAACAACCUGUUGUACCAGAUCAAGUCCCCGGCUCCACCGCGGAUCCUUUUCACUAUUGAAUAUGAAAGAGAGUUGUUCGUCUACUCUUCACCUCAGCCUCACAAUCCGGAUGAUAACACGUCUCUUGUAGCCACCCUUCAUCACAGGACACGUGGGUUAAAUUUCAGUAUAAGUCGUCCUCCGGUUGGCGGAUUGAUCUGUCGUAAACAUUAUCGAAAGAACCCUUCAGCAGUGGCGGUGAUUUCUAAUCCCAUCACAGGACAGGUUUUAGCCUUGCCCAGACAGAGAAUGGAUGAGAUUAAGAGUGUGGUUUAAGAACAUGUAAGAUAUUCUAAUUUUGCUUUUGGGUAUGAUCCAAUCGACAAAGAGUUCAAGAUAUUGCAGGAUGCCAAGAAACAUGAAUGGUCAAAGCGUAUCUACCAAAUGCUUCCAUUUCCGAAUGAACUAAGUUAUGGAGGCCCUGCUGGAAUGAUUGGUAGUUGUGAAAUUGUGUUAUACCCAAACUACUCACAAGAUCCUUUAUUCUUUCUGUACUACAAUCUCGAGACCAACAUUCUCAAAAGAGUGAACAUUGAAGUUCCGAUUUUGCAUAGUGGGUGUAGGGUUCACGCAUUUCCAAAUUACGUAGAGGAUUUGACGCUUAUGUAA